AGAACCAGAGUACCAUCGAGGGGGUCUAACUGGCUGUCAUCCGAGCUCCCACGGCAGUCAUGGCGGCGCCGUUAGCACACUUCGAUGAGGACUGGCAGGAAUUUAACGAAUUCAAGCCGUCCUCGGCGUCGGCCGACCAGCUGAACUCAAAUGUGGAGUCGACGUCGGGCCUAGACGAUUUCUCAGACCUGGACAACAGUUUCUCCGGGGAGAUCUGCAGCUUCAAGUCGAUGGAGGACCUCGUUCAUGACUUCGACGAGAAGCUGACAGUGUGUUUCCGAAAUUACAACACCACGACGGAAAACAUCGCCCCCAUUAAACCCAUCACAGAGGAAACUUACUUGAAAGACGACGAGGUGUGGAAUGCUCUGACAGAUAAUUAUGGCAACGUGAUGGCUGUGGACUGGAAGACAUCGCACACUCGCUCCCUACACCUGCCCACCCUCAACCUCACUGAGCUCGAGAAGUUGGAUAACCAGUCUCUGGAUCUGUCGGACGACGAGGAGCUGAGGGAGCAGAUGGAUAUGCACUCGAUCAUCGUGUCCUGCAUCAACGAUGAGCCGCUCUUCACAGCUGAGCAGGUGAUAGAGGAGAUAGAGGAGAUGAUGCAGGAGUCUCCCGACCCAGAGGAUGACCAGAGUCCCUCACAGUCCGACCUGUCCAUGCUGUCUCAGGACCUCCAUGCCCUGAAACGCUCCGGCUCGAACACUAGCUACGAGGAUCGGCUGCGUCAGCUGUCUGUAUCUGAGCUGACCGAGAGUCUGGAGGAAGUGGAGACAGCCAUUCGCCGUUACAGCGAGGAGCUGAUCCAAGCUCUGGCCCUGCGAGACGAACUGGACUACGAAAAGGAGGUGAAGAACAGCUUCAUCUCGCUGUUGAUCGAGGUGCAGAACAGACAGAAGGAGCACCGAGAGCUGCUGCGGAAGAAGAAGAAAAUCAGAAGUACAACUACAACCGGGCCCAAUGGCCAGAGGACAGCCAGCACACACAUACCGGGCACGUACCUGACCACGGUAAUCCCUUAUGAGAAGAAAGCGGGCUCCCCGCCUGUAGAAGACCUCCAGAUCCUCACAAAGAUCCUCCACGCCAUGAGGGAUGACAGCGAGAAGGUCCCUGCCCUGCUAACAGACUACAUUCUCAAAGCUCUGGUAUGAGAACAGUGGAAACUGAGUUCUUUGUCCCACGUAAAGCCAAAGGCGAGCCUCCUGUUUCCAGAACCAUCCAUUGGACUAUCAGAAGAGGGUUCUGGUAAUCCGGAAAAACCCGGAUAUCUCCAAAUCUUCCUUCCUCUCUAUUUUUCAACACAGACUUUCUCUCCUCGUGGCAUUUUUUUUUUUUUUUUUACUCCACUGUUUUUGCCACUGUUGUUGCUCCUAAGAUUUUAACUCUAGCUAUAACUCCUCAGUCUGUAUAGUUCUUCUCAUUUGUAAUGUUUUAACUUUUUAAUGCCCGAAUGCUAAAACCCUGUAUAUCCUGACUGCAUGAUGACUCGUCUAUGGAUGCCUGUAAUCAGUAUUAGUCCAAACACCUACCUUCCUGAUUAGUGGCUCUUGAAUGCAGAAGGGUGAGGUGUAUUUUGAUUCCACAGGCUUCAUUGGCAGGCCCAUGAGAGGGAGAUGCAGUCCCAUCUGUCUGUUUUGUAAAUCAAACGCAUUUGCAUCCUUGUAGUUCAUGCCUGACAGAAUAAACAAAUCCUGGCGGAAUCUCCGAAUCUGAUCGUGCCAGGCUGGUUGUGGUAUUGAGCAUAAAUCCUGUUUUUCCUGUAGGGAAACCUUUGCUUUGAUGGCAUGUGUUGAUUAGUUGCAUAUAAUAAUGCAUUUGGGGUUGAAAACCCUUUAAUUUUAAAAUCCAAAGUCAUAGGCCCACCGCUCUUUGCAUGUUGCUUUUGGAUUUAUGCUCAAUAUUUGCUGUUAGUUGAAUGUUAAAAUGAAAUAUUUUGUAUACGAACAGAAAUUGCAAGAUUUUGGGAACUUUUUACUUUUUGAAAAAGGGAAGGGGGAAAAAAGUGUAAUGACAUGAGAAAGUAAUAGCUGGAUGAACAAAAGCAUAUUUUUGGAGGUUUUUUUUGUGAGAUUAGGGAAUUGCCAGUUUUGUGACCACACUGCAACAUCGUUUUGUAAAUGCUGUCCAUUGACCUCUGAACCUUCGAAUAGUGACCGCCAUCCCCAGCAACUUUAUCACUUCCCCGGGAGUCAUCAUUACCCGAUUCUGCAAAUACCUUGCAUAACUUCUUUGCACCAGUAGAAAAUGACUGAACUGAUCUUAUCGUUAGAUAAAUAGUGUCGUUAAGAUUAUGUUAGGUUUGAUAAUUGUGUGGUUAAGCUUCUGUUAUAAGAUGUGGGUUUUCUCUAUCCGUUCAUCCUUCAACUGUCGCGUAAUUUUUGUGGUAGCAUUUUAGUCUGUCGGUGAUCUGGUCAUGUAGUAGCGGAAUAUGUGGUGGUGGAUGUACUUAAGAGUCCGUCUUCACUAGAUUAGCGUAGUGGAGCUUAAGCUAGUGGUGCCAAAAGCACGCCAACAUGUAGGAUUGUUGUCAUGCUGUAAAAUACACUUUGUGAUCCAAGCCCUGCAGCAGCUUUGUCAAAGUUGAGAGAAUCACCCUGAUGAUGUCAUGGUCAUCUCGGCUUGGGCUUGAGACUAUACAUUUAAGACAGAGAAAGCCUGUUCAGACUCGAGGCAUGGCCCGGGCCCCAGUGGUUUUAGAGCUUACCCCGCACCAGAGGGCCCAAGUCAGAAUAUGUCAGCGUCUGCCUGCAAUGCAAUGCUAAAUCACUGGAGCAUCCCUUUAAAACCACACUCCCCCAAUCUAACACUACACGUUGUCGCCAAGUUGGUACACUUAACUUUCAGAUCACCAGCGACCACAGAUGCACCACAUUCUGUCGGAUCAGGUCUAGUCUAGCUCUCAGGUACGCUCAUCAGUGUUAGUAGUUUAAAAUCUUGUCCUGAAAGGUACUGACAUUCCUGAGUCUUUGUAUGUUUCUGGUAACAUUUUUAUCAGCUAGCUCUUCAACUUGCUGCACUUUUAUCUUUUUACAAAUUUCUCUUAAACCCGGACGAGCCGGUGGAGGUAAAAAUGGUAGCCUCUUGACUAAAUCAGGGUAGCAUUACAGAUGUUGAUAAUGUUGUGACUUUUUUGAAAACACAAUUUAAUGUUUAAAGUCUGAGACGCCACUAAUAGUAGUAGGAGUAGCUAGCAAUGAAAUGGUACGGGCGAAAACCUCUGUAGAGGCUGCAGUAGCAUCCGCUCGGUGUAGCAGUCUAGUGACGAUAAUGUAGAUGCAGUUGAGAAAAAGGAAAUAACUUUUACUGGUUACAUUGUUUAAGCAUGUCUCUUAUGCGUAUGGCUAGAAGAAAACGAGCAUUGGAGGAAUAAAAGGGGUGUGAUAAAGUUGGGGAAAAUUGCACAAAAGGUUGCUUAAAUUUGAGGGGUCUAUUUAUCCUUUCAAAAGCUUUUAGUGCUAUAUUUAACUAUUUAUAUGUAACUGUUGUUUUUACUGUUCCCAGCUGUGAAAACGUACACAACCUAGCAUGUGCUACAGGCACUUUACUGCUGCAAACACAUUUCUAAUAAUGAAAAAUCUGUUUGUUUACGGACAGAUUUAUAUCACACUAAAGGGACGAGUGCAUGUUGCAAUGGAAACCAGAAAACUCAAAGCAAAUGAGUAUUUAAUUUAAAAAAAAAAAAAAAAUUUAACUGUUAAAGAUAUCAAAAGGGCCAACAUCAGAAGUCUUGUGGCAGUGAAACACAUGAGCCACCUUAAGAAAACAUCCCUUAAAUAAUCAAAAAUAGUCUUACAAAAGGUUAAAUGAAAAUGGUCACGACAGCAACCAUGUAAACCUUAUUUUGUUUAAUAAUGAAAUGGCAGUUGCUGGAGGAUCUCGUCUCAGUCCAGAGCCCCUCCUCUGGUCUCUUAGCAGACAUAUCAGUAGAGAUUUAUAUUUAUAUAUGUGCAACAAAACGAGCAACAGGAAAAGAGGCUGCCUUUGUAAAUGCCUGACUUAUUUUUUUUUUUUGUACAUUAAACCAACUCCUUUUGUUUUUAAUGCAUUAUAAUUCCCCAGUUUGGGGUUUUAUGUUUACGGUCUCACGUGGUACUGCAGUACAGUAUAUUAAUUUAUUAUGUAUAUGUUUGUUUUGUAACCAUAUUAUUUGACUGUAAUGGUACAAGUGUUUUGUGCCCACAUUGCAUCUCAUUUUAAAUAAAUUAAUAUGUGAAGACUUU